GACGUAACGUGCCCGGUGUGGCGCAGGGUUGGUGGGCGUGGGCGGGCGCCUUCGGGCCCUUUUAGCCGGUUGCUUGGUUCCUUCCCGGGGCGGCUCCUAGCCUCUGGGCUCUUGGCUUCCCCUCGGCGGGCAGGAGACCGAGGCCGGACGCAGGCUGAGCGCGCUCCCGGCUCGGUGCUCUUCAGAGUCGGUCCCGAGCAUCCUGCGGUCCACGUUCUUUCGGCCGGUUCUUUCGCGCUCCCUGGAGUUGUCAGCAGGUACAGUUCCCGCUUCGAGACAGGUUCACUUUUGGAGAGUGAUCGAGAAAUCUAUUUUUGUCCACAGAAAAUAAGUUUAUCUUCCUAUCCAAAAAGAUGAAAAUAACUGGGUUACUUACAAAAGACGACAAAGCGAAUUCCACAGACCGAUGAGUAGAAUCAGUAAGAACGUGAUUUUGGCCCUUUUCACACUGUCGAGUUCUGCAUUUCUGCUAUUUCAGUUGUACUACUACAAGCACUAUUUAUCAGCAAAGAAUGGAGCUGGUUUAUCAAAAUCUAAAGGAAGUAGAGUUGGAUUUGAUAGUGUACAGUGGCGUGCAGUUAAAAAAUUUAUUAUGCUGACAUCGAGCCAGAAUGUACCAGUGUUUCUUAUUGAUCCUUUGAUUCUGGAGUUGAUUAAUAAAAACUUUGAACAAGUCAAAAAUAUUUCUUAUGGCUCUGCUUCAAAAUGCAAGUUUUUCUGCAUUCAAAGAGACUUUACAACAUUUGCACUACAAUAUCAUCUAUGGAAGAAUGAGGAAGGCUGGUUUCCAGUAGCUGAGAACAUGGGAUUUCAGUGCCUGAAGACUGAAAGCAAAGAUCCUCGGCUCGAUGGGAUAGACUCACUUUCUGGAACUGAAAUCCCCCUGCACUGUGUCUGUAAGUGGGCCACUCAUGCCAUCCACUUGGUGGUCUUUCAUGGGAGAAGUGGAAACUACCUCUGGCACGGCCAUCUACGGCUCAAAGGGCACAUUGACAGGAAAUUUGUUCCUUUUCGAAAGUUACAGUUUGGACGUUACCCUGGAGCUUUUGACAGGCCAGAGUUACAGCAAGUUACUGUAGAUGGACUAGAAGUUGUCAUUCCAAAAGACCCGGAGCACUUCCUAGAGGAAAUACCACACUCUAGAUUUAUUGAGUGCAGGUAUAAAGAAGCUCGCACAUUCUUUCAGCAGUACCUUGAUGAUAGCACUGUGGAAGCUAUGACCUUUCAGAAGAGCGCAAAGGAAUUGCUGCAGCUGGCAGCCAAAACAUUAAACAAAUUGGGAGUACGAUUCUGGCUGAGCAGUGGAACUUGUCUAGGAUGGUAUCGGCAGUGCAGUAUCAUUCCUUAUAGCAAAGAUGUCGACCUAGGGAUUUUUAUACAAGAUUACAAACACGAUAUUAUUUUAGCAUUUCAGGAAGCAGGACUUCCACUCAAACACAAGUUUGGGAAGGUGGAAGACAGCUUGGAACUAUCCUUCCAAGGAAAAGAUGAUGUAAAACUUGACAUUUUUUUCUUCUAUGAAGAGACUGACUAUAUGUGGAAUGGAGGCACCCAGGCCAAAUCAGGAAAAAAAUUUAAAUACCUAUUUCCCAAGUUCACACUGUGCUGGACUGAGUUCGUAGACAUGAAGGUCCGUGUGCCGUGUGAAACGGUUGAAUACAUUGAAGCCAACUAUGGUAAGAGCUGGAAGAUUCCCAUAAAGACAUGGGACUGGAAGAACUCUCCGCCCAACGUGCAGCCCAAUGGAGUUUGGCCUAUUUCCGAGUGGGAUGAGGUUAUCCAGUUAUACUGAAAGGCUGGGUGAAAUAGGGGAAUUUCUCUUCUGGAAGAACAAAAGUGGAUAACUAUUUAAAAAGCUGCACAUCCAACAUAAGUGAGACCACCACCGCCACCACCAAAAACAGGACAUUUGAAGACACAGAGUCCCAGCUCCUGAGCCAUCUGAUUUAGUUCUGGAGCAGCAUUUAUUGAGGAGUUUCUGUGUGCCAAGUGAAACGUGAGGUAAGGGAGUAUCAGAGAUGAAUGAGCAGAUCUCUGCCUCUUUUUCCUAUGCCUUUGUCAGCACCCCAACUUUCCUUCGAGAGAAACACCCUUCCCCUUUGAAGAGCUGAAAUAGAAUAGGAUAUAUUUUAUAACGGUUUUUUAAAUGUUAAGUAAUGUUUAGACUGGAAAAUGAGUUCAUCAGGUAAAAGCUAAGGAAGGAUGUACUGGUUAAAGAGAAUAAUCCAUUCCUGUCCUCAGGAUUUGAGAUGGUAUGUUAGUGCUGCGUUUAAGAUUACAAAGUCUGGGUUAAGAGUGAAGUGAUUAGGCUUCUGUGGCAUCAAGGAGCGAUGCUAGCAGAUUCAUUUUAUACGCAACCUGAUGUGGAAUUGAUUUGGAACGCAGGGCAUUAGUCUGUAAGGGAAGGUGAAGCCUAUUUCCAGCUUGUCGGGUAAAUGUCCAUACUCUUACUAUUUUCAUAUUUGAAGUGAGAAGCAAGCUGAUGCUUGUGUGAUGCUUAAGUUUCCAUCCAUUGUGAGAGUAUUUUCUCUGACCUCUGUUGGCGCUUAUUGACAAAUCACUCAAGCAAGACCAGGCAUGAUUUUAAAAGUUGUUAUUUCACAAAACUUAACUUUCCUUAUUUCAUUCUCAGCCACUCCAUUCAAUAAAAAUAGGAGCUGCUCAUGGACAUUCGAUAUUUUCUGUAUAACCCUUGCACUUCCAAUUUUAACAUUAACACUAAUGUUAAUAGAAAUACCUCUAAUUUUUCUAAAUA